CCAGCCGGCCGGCCCGCCUGCCUACAUAGGUGGAGCUUCCGCGCCUUAAGGCAGCUGUCCCUGCCAGCCACAAGGAAGCCGGCAAGCAAUUCUUUCCUGAUAUUGCACCAGCACCAGCGCUUGUCCUCGCCGUUGAGCGUGCUCGAGCCAGAGACAUCCGCCGCGGAAGCCACGAACCCAGUCACCCCCUGCGCCAGCUCCUAGCCCUUCGUCUCUGAGAGGGCACCUGUCGCUGCCAAGAGCAAAAUGGAAGACGCGAAGAAGAGCGCCGGUUUCCUGCCGCCCUUUAGGCACUUCGCCACCCAGGCCAUCCACGUGGGGCAAGAGCCGGAACAAUGGAAGUCCAUGGCCGUGGUACCCCCGAUUUCUCUUUCGACCACGUUCAAGCAGCAGGCGCCUGGACAGCACAGUGGCUUUGAAUAUAGCCGUUGUGGAAAUCCAACCCGUGAUUGCAUGGAAAAGGCUGUAGCAGUACUGGAUGGCGCCAAGUAUUGUUUAUCAUAUGCUUCUGGGUUAGCAGCUACUGUGAAUAUAGCACAUUUACUGAAGGCAGGAGAUACUAUUGUUUGCACAGACGAUGUUUAUGGAGGUACAAAUAGGUAUUUCCAGAGGAUAGCAUCGGAGAUGGGUUUGAAAACUGUUUUUGUUGACUGCACCAAACUGGACCGCCUUGAGGCUGCAAUUACACCAGAGACCAAGCUUGUCUGGAUUGAAACUCCUACAAAUCCAAUGAUGAAAUGUAUUGACAUCCAAGAAUGUGCUCAGAUCGUCCAUAAACAUAAAGGUGUUAUUCUAGCAGUAGACAAUACCUUUAUGUCUGCAUAUUUCCAGCGUCCUUUGUCUUUAGGAGCAGACAUCUGUAUGUACUCAGCAACUAAGUACAUGAAUGGUCACAGUGAUGUUGUAAUGGGACUGGUUUCAGUAAAUGAUGACGAUCUUCACAAGAGGCUCAGAUUCUUACAAUAUUCACUUGGAGCAGUUCCAUCUCCUUUUGACUGCUACCUUUGCAAUCGAGGUUUAAAGACCCUGCCAAUCCGCAUGAAACAACAUUUCCACAACGCACUGACUGUUGCCCGAUACCUUGAGUCAGAUCCAAGAGUUAAAAAAGUUAUCUUUCCUGGAUUGCCAUCUCACCCACAAUAUGAGCUGAUGAAACGGCAGUGCACUGGCUGCCCAGGAAUGAUCUCCUUUUACAUGAAAGGAAACCUUGAACAUGCUUCCAAAUUUCUCAAAAGCUUAAAGCUUUUUGCCUUGGCUGAAAGUCUGGGAGGAUAUGAGAGCCUGGCAGAGCAUCCUGCCAUCAUGACUCAUGCCUCAGUCCCAAAGGCAGACAGAGAAGCCCUUGGAAUCUCUGAUACGUUCAUUCGCUUGUCUGUUGGUUUAGAAGACUCGGAAGACUUACUAGAAGAUCUGGACCAAGCUUUGAAGGCAGCGGUUCCUGAUUACAGAAUCCGCAACUAGGAGUCUUAAGACUUGAAAUUGCAAUUGAUUCCUGAGCAUCUGUAAUGCAAGGCAAAUGAACUUGGUGCUGAGCUGCUCAUGAAUUUUCACUGGAUUUGAAUUUCUGCCGAAAUGAAAAAGCUCCAUUUUGACAUUUGGAAAGGAAGCCAAGAGCAUCCAUUGACUCCUAGGCCUAUUGAUUCAGCAAGUGCCUUCCGAUGUCACCCCCUCAUUAUUAGGUUCUUCUGAUUUUAAACAGAAAAAAGAAAACCACCUUUCUUUACAAUAGUAGUUCUUAGAUGACUGUGAUUCUCACUCAGAAAUAUUGUGUCCCAUUAUCUCCUAAAUAUACAUACACUAGUGUGGCAUAGUGGCUAAGAGACUGAGCUGCAAAUCAGGAAGUCCCUGCAUUGAAUCUCGCCUCUGCCAUGAACUCUAGCUGGCCUCAAGCAAGCCACUCUUAGCUGCCAUUCCCCCAUCUGCAAUACUGGAUUAUUGUAAACAUCACAAGUAUGUGAUGUGCUUGGAAGACCUGAAUGCGCUAUACCAAUAUUAUACUUGGUAAUUUUGAAAGGAUAUUGCUAUUAUGCCAGUAUACUUGGUUUCUUCUUGUCACUGUUAUACAUGCUGCUGAUUUAUUUUUAAAAUGAUGAAAUCUGACUCGCAAAAAGACUGGCGCUAAUGCAAAAGGUGGUUUUAGAUUGGUUUCUGAAUCUACUAUUUCUUCCCUGUGCACUGUUGGAAAAUGAAGCAAAAUCAAUUGCAUGGCACCCUACGCAUUGCAUUUAUUAAAAAAAAGUCUUGAAUUUGCUUUGGUUUCUGUUUUAAAUUAUCUAUUAAUAUAUAUAUUUAGUCAUCUUUUUACAUUUCUUGUUGAUGAUUCUAGGUAUGUAGAAUCAAGUAUUAAAAUUGAAAAUCAGGCCAAUGCUGCUAUAUUGUCAGCCUAGAACUGACCACUCCCCCCCCCCCGGUAAUUCAGCUAAACUGAAUAACAGAAUAAGGCUGCAAUCCUGUACUCAUGAAGUAAGUCCAAUUGAACUCAGUGGGGCUAGUUUCUAAGCAGAUAUGUAUAGGGUUGCACUAUCAAUGAAACAAGUAUUGGAACAUGAUUAACGCCAAUCAUUCUGCUGGUAACUCAAGAGAGUAAAAAUACAACCAAAGUAAAGUAUCUUGGAACUCUCAUAGAAACAAAUUCACUUUGGGGCUGGGGACACAUGGAAAAACGGAGGCACGCAUUGAGGAGUUCCCUUGCUCAUGCAGGAGAUGGAACAGACUUCCUCACUAUUGCUUCAGAGGACAGGCCUAAAACCAGGGGGUGGAAAUGACAGGGAAGCAGAUUUUUAGCUGAACAUUAGGAGAAACUUCCUAAUGUUCAGCUGUGGAACAGACUGCCUUGGGAGAUGAUGGACUCUCGUUUGCUUGAGGUACUUAAGAAGAGGCUGGAGAACUGUCAAUAGGGAUGCUGGUCCUGCAUCAGGGGAGAGGGGGUUGGACUAAGGUUACCUCCAAGCUAACUUCCAACUUGGCACUUCUGUGAUCUGAUCUGUGCCCCCCACCCUACCUUCAGAGCUCCAGCAACUGCCAGAGGCUCCUGAAGAGCCUGCUUAUGUCCUGUUUGAACACCUGAUUCUGCCCAGUUCUCCUGUUUUGAACAUUAUGGCACUCACCUGCCCUCUCUCUCCUGUUUCCAUCCCUUUUCAUAGUCUCAUUCCCUCCCUCGCCCCCUUAUCUUGUUUUCCCUGGAAUUGCUGCUUCCUCAUCACCCUAGUCUUUUUGUUGUAUGCAAGACAAAGUAUGUGUACCUGAAAUAAUCACAUAUUCUUCCCUUGCCUCUGUUUCCUCCUUCCUCUGUUGUUUCUCUGUGUCUGUUGUAGAUUGUAAGCCCCUUGGGGGUAGGGACCUGUUUAUUUUUUAAGUGCCAUGUGCAUAAAUGAUACUAAAUAAAUGCAACUGAUCUUA